GCUUCGGGGCGGCUUCGGGGCGGGGCAGGUUUAUAUUGGGGAAGAUCAGCUGACGUUCUGCAUUGCAGACUGCGGAGCCUGCUUGCACGAUGUUCGCUGUUUUCCUCCUGGCUAGCCUUCUAGGCGCGGCUGUAGCCAGCCCCGUCCUCGGCCUCAAGGAAUGUACCAGAGGCUCGGUGGUGUGGUGCCAGAAUGUGAAGACGGCGGCUGACUGCGGGGCUGUGAAGCACUGCCUGCAGACUGUGUGGAACCAGCCGUCGGUGAAAUCCCUUUCCUGUGACAUAUGCAAGGACGUCAUCACUGAAGCUGGCAACUUGUUGAAAGACAAUGCCACUGAGGUGGAGAUCCUUACUUACUUGGAGAAGACCUGUGACUGGCUUCCUAAGCCAAACUUGUCUGCCUCGUGCAAGGAGAUAGUCGAUUCCUACCUCCCAGUCAUCUUAGACAUGAUUAAAGGACAGAUGAGCCGCCCCGGGGAGGUGUGCUCCGCUCUCAAUCUCUGUGAGUCUCUUCAGAAGCACCUGGCAGAGCUGAAUCACCAGAAGCAGCUGGAGUCCAAUAACAUCCCGGAAGUGGACUUGUCCGAGGUGGUGGCCCCCUUCAUGACCAACAUCCCCCUCCUCCUGUACCCGCAGAAUGGGCCCCGCAGUAAGCCCCAGCCCAAGGCUGGUGGGGAUGUCUGCCAGGACUGCAUUCAGAUGGUGACCGACAUCCAGAAUGCUGUAAGGACCAACGCCACCUUCGUUGAGGCCUUGGUGGCCCAUGCCAAGGAGCAGUGUGACCGCCUGGGGCCUGGCCUGGCCGACAUGUGCAAAAACUAUAUCAACCAGUAUUCUGAAAUCGCUGUCCAAAUGAUGAUGCACAUGCAGGAUCAGCAACCCAAGGAGAUCUGUGGGCUGACUGGGUUCUGUGAAGAGGUGAAGGAAAUGCCCAUGCAGACUCUAAUUCCUGCCAAAGUAGCCACAGAGAACGUCAUCCCUGCUCUGGAGCUGGUGGAGCCCAUUAAGAAGGACCUGGUCCAGGUGAAGGCUGAUAUUUACUGUGAGGCGUGUGAGUACGUGGUGAAGGAGGUUGUCAAGCUGAUCGACAGCAACAGGACUGAGGAAGAAAUAAUCCACAGUUUUGAGAAGAUGUGCUCAAAGUUGCCCACCUCCUUGUCUGACGAGUGCCAAGAGGUGGUAGACACUUACGGCCGUUCCAUCCUGUCGCUCCUCCUGUUGGAGAUAAGCCCUGAGCUGGUGUGCAACAUGCUCCAUCUCUGCUCCACCCAGGGGCUGCCGGCCCUGACGGCACAUGUGACUCGGCGGAAGGACGGCGGCUUCUGUGAGGUGUGCAAAAAGCUGGUUACUUACUUGGAUCACAACCUGGAGAAGAACAGCACAAAGCAGGAGAUCCUGGCUGCUUUAGAGAAAGGCUGCAGCUUACUGCCUGACCCUUACCAGAAGCAGUGUGAUCAGUUUGUGACCGAGUACGAGCCUGUGCUGCUGGAAGUGCUGGUGGAGGUGUUGGACCCUUCCUUUGUGUGCUUGAAAAUUGGGGCCUGCCCCUCUGCCCAUAAGCCUCUUUUGGGGACUGAGAAGUGUGUGUGGGGCCCAAGCUACUGGUGCCAGAACUUGGAGACAGCAGCCCAGUGCAAUGCUGUUGAGCAUUGCAAACGUCAUGUGUGGAACUAGAAGGAACGUUCCAUCUUGGAGAAGUCACAGCAUGUUUUUCUACUUGUGUGUCUGGGGGACUUAAUGCAUAGAGCUCUUUGAUUUUGUUUUAAAAAUAGGCCCCUCCCCUCAACCUGUCUGUUGUCCCCUUAUUGUAGCACUGCUGUCAGUGUGGGACCAUGCCUCCCCCCCGCUGACAUGGCCAUUUUGAUGUCUCUUUUUUCUUGGCUAGACAGGUAACGUACUGCCUUCUGGAGGUCUGUAACCUGCGCUUGCUUGGUGGUUACCUGGAGGAGGCGGAGAGAGCUUUUGAUUCUGUCAUGAGCCAGUGCUUCUUGACAGACGGCCAUCCAUCCUCUUGGUGGCUGGGGCCCUGUUCUGGGCCCUCUGAGGCCCCUGGCCACGCUGAGGGGGUCCCUCCCACUUCCUGGGCCUAUUGACGUUUUCCCAAGAAGCAAAACAAAGGCAGUUUUAUGUGAGAGAUGCAAGCUAAGCUUUUCAAACACUGUAGUUCCUGCUGUAUUGGCACAGAGGUUUUGGAAGAUGCUGCUGGUGACUCAGGGGAAGUGGUUGAGGUGGAGGGUUGCUAUCCCUGGGUCACCUCUUGAUUUUGCUUUCCUGUGUCUUUUCCUUGUGAUGCCUUGUUUGGGGGUCUGUGGGUUUGGGUGGGUGGGUGGUGGUGGGGAGUUUGUGGGAAUGUCUCCUGUGGGCCUGGCUUGUGUGUGUGAGCCUGUGACAGUGGUGACCUCCUGUGUUCUGCAUUCGUGUCUUUCCAGCUAUUGAGGACCCUGUCACUAAAGGCCCACCAUUGCUCUGGGCAGUCCCAGCAAGGCCUGUCUCGUAAAUGCUCUUUGACCUUUCUUUUCAAAUAGAUGUGGAUAACAAGCUCCUAAGCCUUGACUUCCUGUUAGAGGGGAGACAAGCCGAGGAGUGUGCUGGGUGUGGGGUGGGCACUCUCUGCGGCCUCGUCUGCUGCCUGCUUCCUCUGUUUGCCUCAGCUUCUGUUCUGUUUUUGGUUGCCAGGAGGUGGCAAGACAUGCAGUUGCUAUUAAGUGGACUUAGUGAUUUGUUUUGUUUGUUUUGCACUAAAGUUUCUGUGAUUUAACAAUAAAGUUCCAUCAUCCAGA